CCUCCCUGUUCAAACAUUCCAGCCAAAAUCCCUCAAUUUUCUUCUCAUUGUGUCGAAUCAGAUAGCGAUGGAUUCUUCUUCUUCUUCCUCCUCGAAGAAUUCUACCCUCAAUGGAGUUUUCAGAUGCGGCAUCUGCUUGGAUCUCCUCUACAAGCCAGUUGUUCUCGCAUGUGGCCAUGUUUCUUGCUUUUGGUGUGUACACAAAACGAUGCAUGGUCUGAAAGCAUCCUGUUGCGCAAUCUGCAGGCAACAAUAUUACCAUUUUCCUACAAUCUGUCAUUUACUUCAUCUAUUGCUUCUGAAAUGGGAACCUUUGCUCUAUAAAUCAAGAGAGAAGGAAAUACUUGAGGAAGAACAUGUUCUUGGAUACUUUUCACCUCGGUUUGUAGACCAUCCCUUCUAUGGAAAUGGUGCUAAAGAUGACAGGGAUGUACACGAGGCCUCAGUGGAUGAUGUUCUAUGUGCCAGGUGCAGUAAAAUGCUACUCCGGCCUUCUGUGUUGAACUGUGGUCAUGUGUAUUGUCAAUCUUGUUUGUGCUUCACUGUUGAUGGACUUCUAAGGUGUCAAGUUUGCGAUAGUGUACAUCCGGGUAAUUUUCCCAAAGUUUGCCUGGAGAUGGAUCAUUUUCUGGAGGAACAAUUCCCAAAAGAAUAUUGUGCCAGGCGUGAGAAUUUGCAUGAUAGGAAGUCACAAUUUCAACAUGCAGAUCUAUCAUUAAGUACUUUACAGAUUCAAGAGCAGAAUGUGCAAUCAUCUCUGCAUGCCAAGAACGAGAAUCUAAUCUCGCAACAAGAUCUGCAGAACACUAACAUCAGAAUAGGCUGCGAUAUAUGUGGGAUGUACCCAAUAAUUGGAAAGAGGUAUAGAUGCAAAGACUGCAAAGAGAAAGUAGGUUUUGAUGUCUGUGAAGCUUGCUACCAUACAAGCUUCAAACUCCCCGGCAGAUUCAAUCAGCAACAUACAGUUGAACACAGACUUGAAUUCGAUGAUUCUAGAUUGUUGUCUAAGAUACUUAUGCCCAACUCAUUGUGACCCGAAAGCCCAUUUCAACCUGAAGAUGGUGAAACUGAAGAUACUGAUAUAUCUGAAACUACCAUUGAAAAUGAAGUAUGAUGUGAAAUUUUGUAAUAAUAGCAAGUAUUUGUUGGAUUUAAUCUAAUAAAUCUAUUUGUGGGCACAUAUGAUUAAUCAAUGUGUAUUGCUAUCUUUCAGGAUAAUCCACUAAAGUGAUUAAUUAAUUUUGGUUAAUUGGGUAUUUAAAUAAGUCAUGGGGUUAUAUGUGCAGAUAUCAGGUUGUAAU